AUGGAUGUCAUAGUUUCCAGUCGUGGCAAAAACAAAAUAGCUUAUAAAGGUUAUAUUUAUAGAAAGGAUAAAGCUACUCAAACGACAAUUGCAUGGCGUUGUGAAGUGAAAGGUUGCAAAAGACGAUCGAGUACUACACUGGAAUACGAAAGUGAUGGAAAUUACACCGAGAAAGGCGAACACUCGCAUGCACCUGAAACUGUUAAAGUUGGCGAAGAAAUGGUUAAAGAAAAAGUCCUCAAAGCUGCUGAAACAACACAUGAUCCACCAAGACGCAGACUUCAAGAUGCUAUUGCUGGUCUACCAGAUGAACUUGCUGCAAAGAUUGGAUCUGGAGCGAGAUUGAAAAGUAGCAUAUCUAGGAGGCGAAGUUAUGGGAAACUACCCUCCACCCCCUAUGUCAGCUGCAUCCAUUGUUAUCCCGGAAUCCUUGCGAUCUACUUUCACAGACGAUAA